AUGGUAUUCGACGCGCGUCUCGGGUACGACCCGGACGAGUGGGAGGAAUGCCCGGAGCCGGAGCAUUUUCUCGUGUUCUCCGGCUUCACCCGCUACAUGCUCACGUUUGCCGCCAUAGCCUUCGUCUACUACUUCUUCAAACUUCUCGAUGACAAGAAUAAGAAGGAGUCAGGCGAGAAGGAAGAGCCACAAACUUCGGUAGAAAGCGUCCUGGCCAAGGCCGGUGACAAGCUUCAUGAUGUGAAAGAACAAGUGCAGCAACACAUCCCAGAAAGCGCUGAAGAGCUGAUGCGUGAAGCCGACCAAUAUCUGAAAGAACAAGCUCACUCAGUUCAAAAUAACGUCCAUCAGUUCGCUGAGCAGGCUGCAAAUAAGUUCCCGAGCUUGGAGGUGGAUUUGAAUUUAGGCCACCCCAUCGACGCCACCAGAGAGAAGUUCGACACCGUGCUCUCUUCCGUCAACAAUCACCUCCACGAGACAAAGAACAUGGACCUGUCUCCAACAUCCCGCGAUUCCACCCAAUUCGAGCAAAUUCCAUCUAUUGCACCGGAAGAAUCCGCAUUCGGGCACGACUUUGAGCAUGUUCCACCUCAUCUCAAAACAGCUGCCGAGCAAUAUUAUGCUCAGCAACACCAACCACCUCCGGUACCCCAACACAAAAUCGUUCAACCGGUUCCGAUAUCUCCGACUGACCAGCAGCUGCUUCACGAGUUUGAUAUCUACGAUGCUCCAGCUCAUCAGCGGAUGAAUCAGAUCUCCGAGCAACUUGGACAGCUUGGACAGAAGACCCCAGCUCAACUUCAACAGCUUCAACAUGCUCAGUUAGCUCAUCAGCAACUGCAACAGCAGGGAGUCUUCCAGCCAAUCCAGCAACCAUCACCACUGCAAAUCCAGACACAUCCACAGCAACCAUACUUUGAUUUCUCCCAACUGUCCCCAGCAUCUCAAGCCCGUUACAACCAGCAGCAGUUCGUGGACAUUUCUCAGCUGUCUCCCGGGGCUGGAGCUCUGAUCGCUGAGCAACAAGCUUCAGGAGCAUUCCAACCAGUAACAAAGAAGCUGGGAAGGGAGAAGCGGCUCAGUGAGCAAGACGAGCGAGCCCUUCAGGACUGGGAAAAGGAGAAGGCCCUUCUCGAAGCUGACCGUCUGAAGAAGCUUUUGGAUCAUGAAGUUGGAGGUGAUUCGACAGACUUGGAUUCGUCUCAAAAAGCCUAUGAUCACUUUGCACCAGCUUCUCACAUCUCCUACGAGAGCCAUAGUGGAGCAGCACAGAUUCAACCAAUGACACCAACUGCUCCAAAACGAGCUGACGUCCCUGCACCACAAGUCACUUCGAUUACCAAUGUCCGUGACUCUCAACUCACCGACUAUGACAUCAGCGAUUUUCAUGCUCAUGAUGAGCCACACUAUCACACUGUGCUCACUCCUCAGCAGCUUCAGCAGAACCAGCAGCAACACCAACAACCAAGUGCAAUAGAUCGUCGCCGCACCACAGCCGACUCCGAUGACUAUGUGAAAGUCUCAGAGCCAAUCUACGACUAUCCACCCAAAGGACAUGAAGCUCCCGUAGCCGAGCCGAAGCGUAUCAGUCCAACAGAAGCUGCUCAACUCCAGGAGCUCUAUCAGGAAUACGACUUAGGGCUGGAUCUUCCGGGUGUUGCACCGAUUCAAGGAGUCGCGAAGCCACCCGUUCAGCAGCGUACACCGCUUCAGAUUCAGCAGCAGGUAGUUCAAAAUGUUCAGAAUCAGCCGAACAUGAUGGCUCGUCAGAACUCGGUGCCAGAGUCCCCGAGAACUGUGAUCAAUGUUCCUAUCAGUCGUAAAACUGAUGUUCCUAUUCAAGUUCAGCAGCAACAGAAUCAGUUCUCCUACAACGUGCCAAUCCAGGUAAAGGAUGAUCCUCGCAACCUGGCAACCGCUGAUCUUUUCGUGCAAGAUGCUCAGGAAUACGUUGCUCAUCAGCAGAACCAACAAGAUAAGGGAUCCUUUGUAAUGGAGGAGGAGAUGUUGAGUCUUCACGAACCGGAGACCGGAAGCAAUAAGAAGAAGUUGACGCCAAAGAAUCCAUCAUUUGAAGCCACAAGUCGGCAGGUCAGAACUAACGAUGUCUUCGAGAGAAUUGAGCACGAUGAGCACGAUGAUAUGACUUAUGCUCCGGAAAUUCAAUCCGUAGAGAUUCCACCAGAUCAGAUGAGUGAGACCAGUGAGAAUAUGAUUGACUAUUUCGAUAAGGUGGCGGCGGAGUCGGAGCAGCAGAUUCAACACCUUCAAGAACAGCAGAACACACUCAAAAAGCAACAGAUAGAGACGAGUAUUCCCGACUCAUCGCUGUUGAAGCCCGUCGGUAGGGCUCCACAAAUCUUGCCAGCUUUUGGAAACCGUAUCUCAAGCAACUCAUCCCUAGGAUCCGCCGGCCGAUCCGGAAGUGGAGUGAGCAGUAGUGAUGUCUAUCCAUACCGGCAUCUCCGGAAGCAGAGCUCACUUCUAUCAGUACUUGGAGUCACUUCAAUGCAAGAAAUGCUCUUGGCAAUCACCUCUCUCGAUUCUUUGUCAGAGGCCAUGAGAAAAGCGGGUCUCGAAACGACUAAUCUCAUCUUUGGAAUCGAUUACACCGCUAGUAACAAGUAUCAAGGAGAGGAAUCAUUCGGUGGUCGUAGUCUUCACACAAUUCAUCCACACGUCACAAAUCCCUAUCAACAAGUUAUCAGUAUUCUUGGAAGGACGUUGGCUCCUUUCGCCGGGCAGGGAAGACUUGGAGUCUAUGGAUUCGGAGACGCAAAGACUGGAGACUGGAGUGUAUUCAAUUUGAAGGGCGAAGGAGGAGAUUGUAGAAGUUUGGAUGAGGUGUUGAAUGUUUAUAAUACAGUCACACCAACUGUAGCACUCUCCGGACCGACUAACUUUGCCCCUCUCAUCUAUCAGGCAAUGGAGAUUUGUCAAAAGUCCAGAGAUUACCACAUCCUUGUAAUCAUUGCCGAUGGGCAAGUGACAAAUGAGCGAGCAACUCGAAGAGCAAUUGUACAGGCCUGCCAGCAUCCUCUCUCGAUUAUUGUCGUCGGUGUUGGAGAUGGUCCAUGGGAUAUGAUGAGGAUAUUCGACGAAUCCCUUCCAAAACGACCAUGGGACAACUUCCACUUUGUCGAGUUCCACGAGAUUGUGAAGAAGUCGACAAAUAUGGAAGAUGGAGAUGUCAAAUUGGCAGUGCAAUCACUUUUGGAAAUUCCUGAUCAGUAUAGAUGCAUCUGUGAACUCGGCCUCCUCGACAGAUCCAUUCCGCCACGUGGCAGCGAAAUUCGACGCGAAAUGAUGCAUAAUCCGCUGUAAUUAUCAAUCAAUUAUUAUUCCCAAACCUUCUUUAUCUCCCAUUUUCCCCCAAAUUUCUUCUUCUUGCCCUGAUUUCGUCGAACGAAAUAUUUAGCCGCCAGUUUAAAAAAAGUAUAUCCUAAUUUGACAGAAAUCCGGUCGUUCUUAAAAUGUUUUAAUUUCCUAUUUUUUUUUUCAAUGUUUCUUUUGAUAUUUUUCAGUUUGAUAAAAGUUGAUAAACGGUUAGAAAUUUUU